CAUAUAUUAAUUAGGGUUCCCACUGCAGUUCUCCCGUUAACUGCAUCUUGAUCAUUUAAUACUUGACUUCUUUCUUUACAGGGUUUGUAUGAAGACAAUAAAGUAGACCAUGAAUAUGAGAUAUGAGUUCACAGAUAAUUACAAUCCCUCCUCGUCAGAGUGGAGGUUAGUUUAUCAAUAAAACACCAUCAACUUAUUUCUUUGUAACAGUAUUAUGAUUUGUUUGUCAUACAAACAAGUUUUUCUUUUAUAAUAUUACAACUAUUCUCGACUUCCCAGAGAACACAGAUGACGUGUGAUGAAUGUUUUAUUUAAUGAACAUGUAUCACACUACAGAUGCAGCACAGAGGGAGGGGUCUGUGACCUGCUACCUCAAAACGACAGAGACAGAGUCAGCGUGUCUCUAUACAGAAAGUGAGUCCUGUUAUCAAGAUGUUCUCUCUGGACUUAUAGAUCCAGUGAAUCAUUGAUCUCUACAGACUCAGUGUUCAAAGGAUGAUUUACAGGGAGAAGAUGAUCUGCAGCAUCCUGCUGCUCAUCACACUGACCUCCUGUGUCUCUGCAUCAUUAGUAGUGAAUGUGACACAGAGCUCCUAUCAGGCAGAGGAGAACCACAACAUCACUCUGGAAUGGACCUUCACCACCAGAACAGACGGUUCCCUCAAGUCCCUUUAUAUCAUCUGUGAGAUGUUAACUGAUGUCAGACUCUUCAUCCUGUUUCAUCUAUAUGAAGGUGUUGAGGUUCCAGAGUCUCAGCAUGAACGGUUUGCAGGACGAGUCCAGUUUGACAAAGACGUCCUCAGAGAAGGACGACUCAGACUCCACAUGUCCAGACUCAGGACUGCUGACUCAGGUCUUUACCUGUGUGAUGUGUUCACAGGUCAUGAUGAGAGAUCAAAGAGAUGUCACCUCAACGUCACAGAGAGGGAUCGGCCCAAACCUGAGACACCAAACUCAUCAAGUGGAGGAAGAGGUGCUUCAACGACAGGAAGUCCAUCACAAGCACAGAGACCGGGAUGGAUCGGCCUCUACUGUGUACUGGGACUGAUCGUAGCAGGAACUCUGCUGGGUGGUUGUUACUAUCUGCGUAGAAAACAUCCAAUGAAUCAGUCUCUGCCUAGAGAACUAGAUCCAAUGAAUCACUCUCUCGAACCAGAUCCAGUGAUUCUCUCCUUAUAGACUCAGAUGAUUGUAGUCUCUCAGAGGUCGGGGGUCCAAAGCAGCGUCUGAAGGUCUCGUUGUGAUGAUCUGAUGUCUGAAUGAGCUGCUCAGUCACAGCUGGUCGUAGCGGAGUGAGAGGAGUUAUCUAUGGUCUUCAUCCUCCUCUUCAUCACUGUCUGAUGGUCUUCAUCUCGUGCUUCAUCCUCCUCUUCAUCACUGUCUGAUGGUCUUCAUCUCGUCCUUCAUCCUCUUCAUCACUGUCUGACCUCAGAGCUGGAUAGACGACAGAGGAAACAGAGCUCUGGUUCAUUGUUCUGAUCGGACUCUUCAUCACUUCUUAGAUCUGCAAGUCGUUUGAGUCGAGCUGCACAUCUUGUGUUUGUCGGAUGAAUAUGGAGUUAAUGAUUUGAUUUAAGGUGUGAGACUAUAUGAGGAGAUUGUUUUCCUGCUGCUUUCCAUAAAUGUAAAUUCGAUGCCGAUAUUUUUCAUAAUGAGAACUUGUUUAUUGUCUGGUUGCUAUAUUUCCUGUUCAUUGCAUUGUUCAGAAUGAAUAAAGUCAAACAAAAUGAUUCUCUAUCCAUUCAUAUCCUCAAAUCUCACUAAUAUACAUUAUGACUGGAUGAAAAUAGGGAAAAAUCAGCAUUUUCUUCGUGCUGUAAGUCGUUUGAAAGUUAUUUUGGACUGAGUGAGUUAAAAUAAUGACGAUGGAUAAACUUCCAGGUGCCACAAAAAGGACAAUGCAACUCCUCGUGCAGCAGAUGUUUGGCUCUCUCCUACUUCCUCAUGCGACACAACAUCCA